AUGGGAGGAGGAACCAUGCGUAUUGACCUGCCCACCAUCCACAUCAAACAUUCUUCUUCUUCUUCUUCCAAGCUUCCAGUUUCAUCCCAAAAACUAGAGCUUGCAUAUGGAAAAGAAGACAAAAGAGCAAGUGGGUCUAAUCUGAGCUCUGUUUUUGGGCCUGUUCCUUCCCAAUUUGAAGUCCAAAAUGCAAUAACUGCUCUUCUCAAUUUUAUGCAGGGGAUAACUUCAUCUCAGCCAGAGUUUCAAUGGCUUCAGCAAAUAUUGGAUUGCUGUGUUACAAGAAAGUUGCUCACCUAUGGACAAAGAAGAGUUUAUGAGGCUUUCCAAUUGUUGCAGACGGAUCCUUGUGUUAAGAGACUGGUGGUCUCCCUUUCAUCUGAUAAAGCCCUAUGGGAAGCUGUUACCAACAAUGAGUUGGUCAAGAAGCUCCAAGAGCCUAUCUUCCCUGGGCUGCCUCAGAGUGAAAACGAGGAACCAGAAUUAUCUACACGAAUUAUGAGGUGGAUUAUGGAUGUUACAAAAGCAAAAAUUAUGGAACUUAUUGAGACAUUUCAAUCACUCGUGAAUGAGAUGUUUCUACCUCCAGAAACUCCUCCGAGUGAAAACCCUACGACAGACGACGAGGAUCAGUUCGAAGCAAAAGUUAGGUCUUCAUUGCUUCUCUCUGUUGUGAUUCUCUUAAUUGUGGUUGUUACUCGAUUCCACAAGGCCUGA